CAACUUUCGUGUACCAUGUAGAUACUCUGUAUAUAAGUCGUACCGUCACCCACUAGUAAAAGAAGGUGGGAGACAGAGGACGGAUAUGAGGCCAAAGGUUUAUCUCUUCGGAGACUCCAUCACGGAAUUUUCUUUCGAGAAUGGUGGCUGGGGCGCUGCCCUCGCCAAUCACUUCCGCUGCACGGCUGAUGUGGUGCUGAGAGGCUACAGCGGUUACAACACAAGAUGGGCUCUGAGGAUUCUCGACAAGGCGGCGUUCCCGGCAGAGGAGUGUGCGGGUUCGCCGCCGCUGGCGGUGACGGUGUUUUUCGGUGCCAACGACGCCUCUCUUCCAGAUCGAUCAUCUGCCUUCCAGCACGUGCCUGUUGAUGAGUACCAGAACAAUCUGCGCUCCAUUGUCUCCUUCUUCAAGAAUAUCUUUAAUAGCUCCACAAUCCCCAAGAUGGCUAGAAAGAAUAGAUAACUGUCAUCAGCUGAAAAAAAAGAUGAGAGACCCUGGAGCAUCUCAAGCAAUAGAAACACCACAUAUUCUUCCCAGCAGGGAUGGAGACGGGGGUGGCUGGCGGUGGCCGUGGCCCCUGCAAGAAAAAAUUUGUGAUGUAUAUACACAUGUAUAAAUAUUUAUAAGUAGUAAAAAUUAUAGUGAAUAUUCAAGUAUUGGCCCCGGCUAUAUAAAUUACUUAAGGCACGGCCCCUGUAACUUGAUAUUCCUGGCUCCGCCACUGCUUCCCAGGCUCUCUUCUUUCCGGAUUAACAAACUCAAUCCCUCUGCCACGAGCUUAAAAAUGUAUGAGGACAAGAAAUCCCCUAUCGAAGUCCCCAUUUAGAUAUCACUAGUCCCAACACCGUACCAUCAAAAGGAAUGAAGUACUCAACAGAGCACACAUACUCCUCAAUCAAACGGAUCCACCUCACUGAGAGAUUCAUAGCUUCCAUCACUUUAAUAUU